AUGCUAGCAGCAAACGGUCGGCAGGAUCGUUACUCGCAGAGAGCCGAGCGCUGCCCUGGGCCGCAGCCCUCCUGGGCCACCGCGCUCUUCCUGGCGCCCUGUGGAGUCCGGGCUUCCCUGGCCGCCGGGCGCACGGGGCUGUGCACGCCAACUCCUGGAACUGCAGCAGGACCCAACGAGUGGAGGCCACCCCUCCUGUCACUGGAAAUCCGGGUAGAGGAGGAUGAUGAUGAUGAGUCGCGAGAAGAAGAGAAGGAAGACCUGAAAAGCUAUUCAAGAAGAAAGAUCGUUUCCAACUGGAGCCGCUAUGAGGAUGCAGAAAGAGAGGGACAGAAAGACAGUGCAGAGUCUCAGAGAGGAGCAGACUUCCAUGUCUUGCUUAGCUCAGCAGGAGACUCCUUCGCACAAUUUCGAUUUGCUGAAGAGAAGGAAUGGGAUAUGGAAAGCAUAAGCCAUAAGCAGUUAUCUGUCCUUAAUGUCGACUGUCAGACUUUGGUCCAGGCCCUUCAGGAGUUGCCUCUACAUCUAAGGUUGAAUGUGGCUGCUGAGCUUGUGGAGGCAUCGGCCCCUGUCGAACUCCCGCCCAUGAAAUUUAGGAACGUUGAAGCCAGCAAGAGAAGAGAGACUCUGUUUCAACAGUCUUUGGCCCCAAGCAAAGCUGUGUCCGUGUCCCACUGUGGCCACGAUCCUGCCGCCCCGUCAGAACCUACCAGUAAAGGUGCUCGGGCAGCAGGGCUGCCUCAGCGGGGCCGCCCGCUGCCGGAGCAGGAGACCGACCACCUGGAGGAGGAGCUGGAUCGGCUCCUCAACCUGGAUGCUCCCAUGACUGUGCAAGACAGAAGUGUGUCAAGUGCUGUAGACAGCAACGUAACUGAGAAAGAUCAGGAAACGGAUUAUAAGGAAAAAGAACCUCAAAAAGUGGAUGUCCCUGAAGAGAAUAGUUCAGCAUUGCAGCAACAGCAAAGUACAUCUAAAAAUGUCACUGAGGAAGAGCUUGAAGAUUGGCUGGACAGCAUGAUUUCCUGAAGCCCAAAUUCUCUUAUGUGAAUAAUGAAUAUAACAAAAGUU